CAGCGCGUACUUACUGUCCGUGUCCAGAAUUCCAGAACGUGGCUGAAAAUACAUCAAAUCAUACUUCAGCAUACUUCAGCCACCAUGCUGCUGGCACCGCUCUCCACCCUGUGCGUGGUCAUCGCCGUGGCCCUCGCCGUCCCUGCGCAGGAGAAGCGCGUCCAUCACCAUGCAGACCUGAGCGACCGUCCCCACGAUGAUGCCCACGGUUUCCAGUAUGACCACGAGGCCUUUCUGGGCAAAGAGGAGGCCAAGACCUUCGAUCAGCUGAGCCCUGAGGAAAGCAAAGACAGACUGGCGAAGAUUGUGGACCGGAUUGACACGGACAAGGACGGCUUCGUCAGCCACCCGGAGCUCUACUCCUGGAUCAAGCACCGGCAGAGGCGCUACAUCGAGGAGAACGUCAACAAGCACUGGAAGGACUAUGACAAGAAUGGAGACGACAAGAUCUCCUGGGACGAGUACAAGAACACCACCUAUGGAUUCUACCUCAAUGAGGAGUUCGAUGACGUGGAGGACAAGGCCCGGUACAAGUCCAUGCUGCGCAGAGACGAGCGGCGCUUCAAGAUGGCCGACCGUGACGGCGACGGGAUCGCCACCCGCGAGCAAUUCACCGCCUUCCUCCACCCCGAGGAGUUUGACUACAUGAAGGACGUGGUCAUCCAGGAGACCAUCGAGGACAUAGACAGAGACGGCGACGGGAAGAUCAACCUGAGCGAGUACAUUGGUGACAUGUUCACACCAGAGGAGGGCGAGAGCGAGCCGGACUGGGUCCUCACCGAGAGGAAGCACUUCUCCGAGUUCAGGGAUGUGAACCAGGACGGCUACCUGGACGCCAGCGAGGUGGGUCAGUGGGUCCUGCCUGGAGAGGUGGACCACGCUGACAACGAGGCCAAACAUCUGAUCCACGACACCGACACAGACAAGGAUGAGCGAAUGACAAAGCAGGAGAUUCUGGCCAACUGGAAUAUGUUUGUGGGCAGCCAGGCCACCAAUUACGGAGAAGAUCUCACAAAGAGACAUGACGAACUUUGAGUGGGUGAAUGGGGGCAGGGUUAAAGGUCUGAAUGGGGUUCAGUACCUCUCACACACACACACAGACAUGACAGCAUCAGUCACAUACUGUGUAUGUGACUGCUCCGUCCUUGUGUUUUAUAGGGCUGUUGUCACGCCAGCUGUCUCACACACACACACGCCUGACACACACACAUAUACACACACCCUCCGAGAGUAACGUGACUUUGGGAAGAGCAACUGUGAUGCUGAAAUAAAGAAUUUUUUUUACACUGG